AUGCGCUCAGCGGAUGGCUCACCGCUGGGCGCAUUGCGCCUCUCUUGCGGCCAGCUAUGCGCUCAGCGGAUGGCUCACCGCUGGGCGCAUUGCGCCUCUCUUGCGGCCAGCUAUGCGCUCAGCGGAUGGCUCACCGCUGGGCGCAUUGCGCCUCUCUUGCGGCCAGCUAUGCGCUCAGCGGAUUGCUCACCGCUGGGCGCAUUGCGCCUCUCUUGCGGCCAGCUAUGCGCUCAGAGGCUUGCUCACCGCUGGGCGCAUUGCGCCUCUCUUGCGGCCAGCUAUGCGCUCAGCGGAUUGCUCACCGCUGGGCGCAUUGCGCCUCUCUUGCGGCCAGCUAUGCGCUCAGCGGAUUGCUCACCGCUGGGCGCAUUGCGCCUCUCUUGCGGCCAGCUAUGCGCUCAGCGGAUUGCUUGCUCCCCAUCAAACGCUGUCUUCUCCCCUAUUCUUCACCCUCAUCCCCUGACACUCAAACUUUCAUCCCCUAGAAUGCCAUUCAUUGUUAUAACCCCUGUCCUACCUCUCAUCCUCUUUCAUGUCCUCGCUCCCCAUUCCCCUAUUCCAUCUCUUUCCGCUACCCCUCCACCUCCCUCCGAAACAGAGCGCGGGGCGCCUGGCGGUGCUGUUCAAGUGCAUUCUGAGCCCCGUGCGGCGGAGCAACCCCGACCUCAACUUGAACGUGGAGUCGCUCUACUGCAACUAGUUUCCGGGUGUUUCCAGGCUUCAAUACUGAAACGGCUAGUUCGCCCCACAGCCAUUCCGCUUUGGGCCAUACGACCCACUCACCAACCUCCACCCUCGUCAGGGCUCACCGCCCACCAACCUCAUCCAGGUGCGCUCACUCACUUUACUUCAACUUCCCUGCCUUGGCGUGACUCUCACGACCAGCUAUGCGCCCUGCGCGGAAUGAGAGACCGCUGGGCGAGUAUUUUACUGUCUCAUCCCCGCUCAUGA